GUUGGAAUUGAGGAGAUAUUCGAUUUCCUUGAGGUGAUUAUAGUCAAGGAUAAUGAUGCGUUCUUGAUAGAGGCAGGCAGCAUCGUGUAUACUACCUAGUGGGAAAAAAUGAUACUGGCUGUUCUUGCUGGAUGGUUUUUGUUACUGGGCGAGAUAAAAGUUUGGCCUUGGAACUAUGGGCAUGACUGGUGGGGCACUUUUGUGUAUGUGAAUCUAGUUAGAAGUCAGUAUCGGGAGUUAAAAUGCUAUUUCGCUAAGUUUUGCUGCUGGGAAUGGGGCUAUGGUAGUGUUGUGGGGUACUGGGUAUUGUGUAGGUGUAAGAUCUCGUUUUUAAUCGCGUUCAUUUCAUUUUGUGUUGAGUUUGCAUGCCCUGUUAAAAGGAUUAUGCGAAGGUCGUCUUAGACAGGAUUGUUGGAACCUUUGGCUACUAAACAAGAUUAGGAAAACUGUUUGAGAAAUGGCGAACAGUGUAGAUACAAGAGAGCGAUCUGUUUGGUCGUGUUGUGGUUAUGCUAAGUCUUGAUACCUUCUUCAAGAUCAACCUGUCUUGCCAAAAUCAUUAGGUACAAACCCCCCUAUUG